ACCAUGGCGGACCAGCGGCGAACUGCAUCCUCUCAGUCGGCCGCUGAACCCGCGCGCCGUACGGUUGAUAUGUAUGUGUUUACUGCGCUUGUCCGUCCGUCCGUCCAUACUUAUACUUGCUCGUUCGCUUCGUGUAGCGUACUGUUUUCCGUCUGUCCGUAUCGCUUUUUGAUUAUCGCCGCGAUCGAGGCCGACGCGUUCAAGUGAGACCCCGGCACGUUUUCUCUUUGUAUUCCAUCCCCGAAAUCGUCUGUCUCUCUCUCUCUCUCUCUCUUUCUUUCUCCCCUGAUUGUCGUCGUUCGACACGGUGGUGUUCCAUCCGAGGGAAGAGUGGCAGGUCGACUACGGCUACUGCGUGACCCGGCGAGAUCUACAAGAUCUAUCUCCUUGGAUUUUUGGUGGAUCGUCCUCGCACACGGCCACACGCGAAUCUUCUGCAUGAUCUCGUACAACCUAUAGGCACCGCGUACAAUAACGAGAGACAGCGACGAGGAUGUAGCCCGUGUGGCAGGGCUUUUCGACGAGAGAAAGAAAGAGAGAGAAAGAGAAAGAACUGCAUGAAUUUCAAGUCAAGACGAUGAUGAUGAUGCGCGCGAUACAGGGAAGAGGAAUUGACCGAGGGAAGAACAGGUCAGCGUAGAAGAAAAGAAGGAGAGAUUCCUCUUUGCUUCCUCGCGAGGGAAUACGCCGGAUGUUAUCGCGAGACUGAUAAAAACACUGCCAGGAGUAAUGACGAGCUAGAUUGCCGCUCCGUUCGCUGAACCGUUCCUCGGCCGAUCUUAGCUUUCGCUCCUUGCUAACUGCAUCUCCACCUGCCCUCCCCUCUCUUCUCUUCACCUCAUCCCCCUUCGUGUCAGCUCUGCCCUCGUCACGUAUACACGUACACACGUUUUACAUUAAUAUAUACAUACCCGUUCUCUCCCUCGAGAAGACUGAAAAUAAAAGGUGGCGACAUGUUGGGCGUGAGUCAGCCGGGCAACACGCCCUCGAGCUUACGGCACUCGGCGAGCUUCUCGUGCUUGCAACGCGGCACCGCUGGCGAAGGUCAUCGCGCGAGGACCUCGACGCUGCUGCAACAACCGAGUCUGCAGCUGAGCAACGGUCAUCAUCAGUAUACGUCCAGCGGCCAUGCGGCGGCAGCGGCGGCGGCGGCGGCGGCGGCGGCGGCCGCCGCGUCUGUGGCGACCACGCAUUGCUCUCUCCUGCCACACCAUCAGCAGCAACAGUCCCGCGAGCCGUUUGAUUCCGUCCUUCAGGACGGCAACGAUUACGGCUUUGUGAGGAUGCGACCACGAUUGCGCAGCACGAAUGCGACCUUGUAUCACGAGGAAGAGGUGGCGGCCGCGAAGAACGCCCUGAGGGAACAGCGCGACGCCGCUGCGUUCAGCGAUCGCGAAUGCGACUCCAACUUCAGGGACUGCUCGUUGAAAGUCAAGGACCACCGCGAUCUCUCGCCGAAGGGAACAGCCAAGAAUCAGAACCCUCUGCGGGGCGCGCUGAUCCUUUUCACUUCAACGUCAUCCUGGUGGAAGGCCCGACAACGGGAGGAGCAGCUGAACGCAACUGGCGCCGCCGCGAUCAGUGUACCGUCGUCGGAACGGAAAUGGUCGGGCGCUUCGAUGGCAUCGCCUUCCAACGAGAGAAAGUGGUCAUCUUCGAUGACGUCGCCUACGAACGAGCGGAAGUGGUCCAUGGGUAACAGCCUGCUGACCUCCCCGUCGAACGAGAGGAAGUGGAACAGAUCGUCGGUCUCCUCUACAUCGACGAACCAACAGGACCGGAAGUGGCGGUCUCUCGGCGCACUUUUGAGGACUCCCGCCGGCGCUAGCGGUAACUCUCACGUCAGCCAGAACUCUCUGUCGCACAACAUGAGCGUGUCCAUGAUCGAGGGCGAUCAUCACUUCCGCGAGGAAUCGCGCGGCUCGAGCUGCAAGACGCGCUACCAACAGCCGACGUCCUACUCGGCGCGAGUCUCUCGCAUCAGUAGAGACGUUUAUCGGGAGAACGGAGAGUUUGGCCAGGUUGCCGGCAGGUCGAAGGUCAGCCGCAGGUUGUACCAAGAUAACGAUCCGACAAAUGACCGCGAGCUCGACGAGAGACACGUCGCGCAGCGUAAUCGACAUCAGUUGGAUGACCUCGAACAAUGCAGGGGCAAUCGAGGGGAAGGACGCGAACACUGCCGAGCCGUGGAACAGAAGAGCGCCGUGGAGACCCGCGGCACGGUCUCCACCACGCGAUCGAGCCGCGCGCAAAGCUUUUAUCUUCUGGACGACUUCCUGCGGCCGCAGCCGCAGCAACCGAGCAACAAGUGCAUGCUGAAUCUGUACAUGUCCCCGUCGCAUACCGUCAAGUGCGGCAACGAGCACGGCAGGUCGUGCGAGAUCAGGCAGGCGACCUGCCAGCAGGCGAACGUCGGCAGCAACAUCACGCCGCCGCGACGCCACAAUUCGAGCUCGGACAGCCUCGAGGUGGCCACCAGCCCGCUGCCGCCGCCGGUGCCGCCGCCGCCGCCGCAUCAGACCGCCGGUAACGCGCGGGACCGCGAGCGGAAUGAGAAUCCGAAGGAGGCGAGUAAGGACGUGUGCCCAUGCAAACUGUGCUGGACCAACAUGCAGAGAUCCCUCGUGGAAGAGGUAAGUGAAGUCCCCCUCGAGGGGGUGCGCCGGGCAAUAAUUGAGUCGUUCGUCACGCCGCAUACUCCACGCUCGGAGAUCCGCGGGAGAUCCGAGGUUUGAGAAAUGAGACUGUGAUUAAGGGACUUUGACAAAGGAUCGUGCCGGACGAGGUCGCCGUCCCCCGCCUGGCCGAUUCAAGCGGUCAUAUGGCGUGUCUCCGAACAAUAAUCUUGUAUAUAACGCUUUUCAUAUAGGCAUUUAUUUCUAAGUAAACAAAUGCGAAGCCAAGGUUUUAAUUAAGGUUAAUUCCAAUCAUUUAAUAAGACGUCAUCGAGCUUUAACACCUGCUAGAUAUAAUUUUUAAAUGUUGGCGCAGCACCUGUCAACAUGUCAAGCUAAAUAUAUAUGUAUUAAAAAAAUAUUUCAUGCAUUUAUCGUUUAAUUCAUAAAUAAUUAUAUAGAUAUAUAAUUUACGAAUUAUGAAACACGAUAAGCGGUAUAUUUUAUCGUGUAACUUCAAACGAAUCUUGCUUUAAUAGGAUUUUAAUUUGUGGUUUAAUGUUGUCGGGGAGAUAUCUAACGUUAAAAGUCUCCGAGUAAUAAAAAUAUUGAUUUGAUCAUGUUGCGCCGACCCCACCGAAAGAAAUCGAUACGUCUGAAAGAGAAACCGAAUAAGCGACACGGCAUUUCGCCUGGAUGAGGAAUUGGUCGGUUCGUUGUGGGUUUUAUCGUAAUCGU